AUGGCGGGGUCGGCGCAGGACCAGAUCGUGGUCGAGGUGGCGGACCAACCAUCCCCGCUGAAGCGACCGAGCCGCGCCCCGAAACCGAGUGCGAAAGUUCGCGAAGCCAUGCAAUCGAUCGAAGACGCAACCACCGCGUCGAGAAGGACUACGAGCGAUGCUACGCGGACCAUCGCUUCGAGAGGAACACGCGCACUAGGAGGCGGGAACGCGACCAACAGCGAGGUUGGGACCGGGAAGACAGCGCUACAGACACUCCUAGAGGUGCUCAACGCACAGCGAAACGAGAUGCUCGCAAGAGCAUCGUACGCCGAAGUCGCUCGCACCCCACCAUCAAGCCAACCAAGCGGGGUACGCACCCUCUCCUCGUCGAACACGACACCCUCAUCCUUUACCGACACGAUGUUCUGCGCCAUCGACACAUCCAGAGCGGAGGAAAACGAAAAGAACAAAGUCCAGGUGGCGGAUGUCAGAAAAGCAAUCGAGGCUGAGGUCCGGACACUAGAGAACAUGGGAGAUUGGCGCUGCGCUGCGGUUGUAAAGGAGGCCCGGAACCCGGAUCGGGUCAAGGUGGUUUGUAGAGACGAAAACGAGACCAGGAUUGUCAAGGAUGCAGCACAAAAGAUCACUGUCCCGGGCGUACGGGUGCUGAGGGAUCAGCUCUACCCAGUGAGGAUCGACAAUGCUAACCGCACAGCGGUCCUCGACGCCGACGGGAACGUUUUGCCAGGGGCAAUGGAAGCCCUUGGGGCAGAGAACGACGUCAACAUCGCGAAGAUUGCCUGGCUCAGCAGGAAGGACACAGGCAAGGCUUACGGCUUGAUGGUCGUCUACCCGGAGAAUCCGCCUACACGACCGUGUUCGCGCCCCGGGAGGGCCCAACCCAAUGCUACAGAUGCCAAGAGAUGGGCCACAAGGCCUUCGCAUGCAAGAAGCCGCAGCUGCACAAUGGGACCCAGAACGCUUGAGAUCCUUCAGCUUAACGUCCGCAAACGGAGAGAAGUGCAAGAGAGUCUGCUAAACGACGAGGGGCUUAAGAACUAUACAACAUUGGCAAUCUCCGAGCCAUAUGCCAGACUGAUUGACGGUUCGGUGGCGAUGAUGCCAAUGAGUCAUCACAAUUGGACAAAACUCAUACCAACGACAAGACGAGAGACACGAUGGCCGAUUCGGAGUAUGUUAUGGGUACGAAGCGAUGUGGAGGCCGAGCAAAUUCCAGUGCCGUCGGCAGACCUCACCGCAGCACAGAUCCGACUCCCAGACCGCGUGGUGCUGGUGGUGUCAGUCUACGUGGAGGGAGGCAGCGACGAAACACUGGAAGUGGCGAUGAGAGAGCUCGACCGGCUGAUUAGGAGGUUCCGAAACGGAACGGGAAAUAGGACGGACAUCAUUCUGGCGGGCGAUUUCAACCGCCACGACCAGCUCUGGGGUGGAGACGACGUGUCACCACUGAGGCAAGUAGAAGACCGCCAAACCGAGACGAGGUUCCUCUUCAAGGACGCGCCCUGGGCAGAAAUCAGGAACAGGGUGGCAGCGAACCUCGAGCAUACCCCCCAGGGUGGCAGCGUCCAGCAGCAAACGGACCGGCUCAUGACGGCGGUAACCGAAGCGGUCUUCGGCCUGACGCACAAAGCCAAGCCAUCACCAUACGCCAAGCGGUGGUGGACAACAGACCUGACACGGCUCCGCCAGGCCUAUACAUUCUGGAGAAACCAGGCGAGAGCUCGACGAAGGAUGAGGCAAACGUCACCAGAACUCGAACAGCGAGCCAGGAAUGCGGCCAAGGAGUACCAUGACGCUAUCCGCAGACAGAAAAGCUCACACUGGAACGACUUCUUAGCCGACGACGCCAACAUCUGGCAAGCAACGAAGUACCUGCAAACGGGCAGCGGCACGAUGGGCGACAAGGUACCCCCGCUUACCCGACCUGACGGCUCUGUCACGGAAGGCAAAGAAGAACAAGCACAAACUGUUGGAGCAGGCAACAGGGCUGGAAGCAGGAAGACGAAGUCCCCAUUCUGA